AUGGCAGCGCCCAAGACGGUUCGAUGGGGCAUCCUCGCCACGGGAGGCAUUGCUCUCACCUUCACAAAGGAUAUGCUAUGCGAUCCGACGACGCGCGGCGUAACGCAUCUCAAGCACACCGUGGUGGCGGCGGCGUCGUCGACGUCCGAGGCACGCGCAAAGGAGUUUCUGAAGGAGGUUGGCGCACCGGCCGAAGCAAAGGCAUACGGGUCGUACGCCGAGUUUGUCAAGGAUGCCGACAUUGAUAUUGUGUACAUUGCGACGCCCCACUCGCACCACUACCAGAAUGCCAUGCUGUGCUUGGAGGCGGGCAAGAAUGUGCUGUGCGAGAAGGCGUUUACCGUGAACGCGGCACAGGCGCGCAAGCUGGUCGAGGUGGCUAGGUCCAAGAACCUUUUCCUCAUGGAGGCGGUAUGGACGCGCUACUUCCCGCUGUCGAUAUAUGUCCGCGAGCAGAUUACGGCGGGACGCAUUGGGCCGGUCGCGCGCGUGCUUUCGGACAACAGCAUGGCGCUUGACCCAGAGAACAGCUUCCCCGAUGGCAAGAACCGCAUGGUUAACCCAGAUCUGGCUGGUGGCGCUCUGCUCGAUCUCGGCAUCUACUCACUGACCUGGGUCUUUCAGACCCUGUACCACACUCAGCCCGAGAGCACACGCCAGCCACCCCAGCUCCAGGCCUUUGUCAAGAACUACGAGCCCACAGGUCAGGCCGCCGAUGAGCACACGACCAUGAUGCUUCGGUUCCCGCGCUCAAAGGAGCAGGGCGGCGAGGCUCAUGCCGUAGCCACGACGUCUCUCCGUGUCGCCACCUCGCCGGGAGGAAACAUGGAUUCCCCGUUUGUGCGCAUCCAAGGACCCAAGGGCGAGAUCCAAGUCUUUGGCCACUCAUUCCGUCCCAAGUCGGUCAAGAUUAUCGACGAGGACGGCAAAGUCGAGACCAAGGAAUUCCCCUUUCCCGGCCCAGGUAAGGGAAGCGGCUGGUACAACGGCUUUGGCGACUCACUGAACUCAGAAGGAGAGGGUCACGGCAUGUUCUGGGAAGCCGACGAGGCUGCGGAUGCCAUUAUCAACGGCAGGAAGGAGGGCAGGUAUCUCGGCCUGGAUGAGAGUGUGUUGAUUAUGGACAUUAUGGAUCAGGUCAGGAAACAGGGCGGCCUCGCGUUCCCGGAAAAGAUUGAGACGCUGGAGUAUCCUACGCAGCUGUAA